GGUUCCGGAUUUAGGGUUUUUUGGGCACAAAAAACAAUUCUCAAAUAAAUCUCAAUCAAUAUCUUUGCAGUUGUAGGGUUCUCCUUUCUCUCUCUCUCUCUCUUUUAUCUACUGUCUCCCUUUCUUCUCCUUCGCUUUGAUCCGAAUUAUAAUCCUUUUUUCAUGUGCUAAAUCAUUUGCUCGGAUAUUCUUCUUCUUCUUCGUCUUCCCCUUUUGCUUCGGUUUAAGUUUCAAGUUUUGCACGGAUAGUGUUUCAAGAUUCAAACUUUUUCGUAUUGGGUUCUCUUUUCUUUUUGAAUUUUUUUUUUUUUGUUUUUCUUUCUGGGUUUUCUGUUUUCAUGGUGGAUAUGGAUGGGUUUAGAGCUGGGGGUCAUGUUGGGGGAACUCCCAACACAGAGGAUCUUGGGCAACUGGGAAAUGCUCCCACAGAGGGUGCAGUUUUUGAUGCAUCACAAUAUGCAUUUUUCGGUUCAGACACUGCUGUUCAAGAAGUUGAGUUGGGAGGGUUAGACGAUGAUGAUUUGCUUGAGUCUAAUGCGGAGUUCAUUCUCAAUAGAGAAGAGGCCGAGGAUUUAAAAUCUCUUUCUGAUAUUGAUGAUCUAAGUACUACUUUUUGGAAGUUGAACAAGGUUGUAAGUGAACCAAAAGGCGCAGGAUUUAUUGGUGAACAGGGAUCGAGAGAAAAUUCUGCAGUUGAAUGGGCACACAAAGAUGAUGUUCUUAAUUGGUAUCAACAAAAUGCUUAUGAUAAUGAAGGUUCUUUGGAUGGCAGAAGAAUGUCAUCACAACCUCAUUCUUCUCUUUCUCAGUUACAUGAACCAAAGGCCCUGUACAGAACAUCCUCUUAUCCUGAGCAGCAAAGGCAGCAACAACAUCUCCAGCUCCAACCUAGUGAAUCGGCUCCCAACUGGAUUGAUCAACAUUUGUAUGGUACGGAAACCACUCAGGAUGGCAAACGAUGGUCAUCAAAACCACAUUCCACCAUUGCACACUUACCAGAGUCAAGGCCCUUGCAUAGAACAUCUUUAUAUCCUGACAAGCAGCAGGAAUUUUCUCAUCUUUCUAGUGAACCAAUUUUGGUACCGAACUCCUCAUUUACUUCUUAUCCUCCACCUGGUGGUAGAUCUCAUCAGGCUUCUCCAAGUCAGAAUUCAGGCCACUUAAACCUUCCUUAUCAUGCUACAGGAGCUCAGAUGGCAUUAUCACCACCAAAUCGAUCUCAUUUCCCCAAUUCUGCAUUACAGUUGAGUGGAAUAAACCAUGGGCCACCUUUUGGUGGAAACAUGCGUCAAUUUUCUACUGGUUCCCCUCUUAAUCAGAUAAUUCAGAAUCAAUUGGUAAACCAGGCAGGGUUAUAUCCUGGAGAUCACCCCAAUAUUUCAUCAGGUAUACCCAUGAUUAACAAAUAUGAUCAGAUGCUUGGGCUGAUGGAAAUGCGGGAUCAAAUUCCAAAAUCAGCUCAAUUAGGUAGACAGAAUCUCCGGUUUCCCCCACAGGGUUUUGAUAUGGGUGGCCUGAGAAGCAAUAGUGGAUGGCCCCGAUUUAGGUCGAAGUAUAUGACUACUGAGGAAAUUGAGAAUAUUCUUAGAAUGCAGCUUGUAGCAACACACAGUAAUGAUCCAUAUGUUGAUGACUAUUACCACCAAGGCUGUCUUGCGAAAAAGUCAUCUGGUGCUAAAUUGAGGCAUCACUUUUCUCCAGCUCAAAUAAAGGAACUCCCUCUACGACCCUCUUCUAAUGCUGAACCACAUGCUUUUCUUCAGGUUGAUGCACUAGGGAGAGUUCCAUUCUCAUCAAUUCGCAGGCCUCGUCCUCUACUGGAAGUUGAUCCUCCCAAUUCCUCUCAUGCAGGUAGCCCUGAGCAAGGCAUUUCAGAGAAACCCCUUGAACAGGAACCAAUGCUUGCAGCUAGGGUCACUAUUGAAGAUGGUAUUUAUCUUCUUCUUGAUGUAGAUGAUAUUGACCGUUUCCUACAGUUUAAUCAGCUUCAAGAUGGUGGUCUUGUGUUAAAAAGGAAACGGCAAGGUCUUCUGGAAGGACUUGCUGCCUCACUUCAGUUAGUUGAUCCACUGGGAAAGAAUGGACAUACGGUUACACUUGCUGCAAAAGAUGACUUUGUUUUUCUCAGGAUAGUUUCUCUACCCAAGGGUCGAAAGCUACUUGGUAGGUACCUUCAACUGCUAUUUCCUGGUGGUGAGCUCAUGCGGACAGUCUGCAUGGCCAUCUUUCGUCAUUUAAGGUUCUUAUUUGGUGGCCUUCCCUCCGAUCCAUCUGCAGCAGAAACUAUAAGUAACCUUGCAAGGGUUGUUUCAAGGUGCAUUCGUGAAAUGGAUCUCAGUGCAAUAAGUGCUUGUCUAGCAGCAGUUGUUUAUACUUCCGAGCCGCCUCCCUUACGUCCCCUUGGAAGUUCUGCUGGAGAUGGGGCUUCCCUUAUUCUAGUAUCUGUGCUUGAGAGGGCAACUGAGCUUCUAACUGAUCCUCAUGCUGCUAGCAACUACAAUAUUGCAAAUCGUUCGCUUUGGCAGGCUACAUUUGAUGAGUUCUUUGGCCUUCUGACCAAGUAUUGUGUGAACAAAUAUGAUAGUGUCAUGCAAUCAUUCCUUAUACAAGGGACACCAAAUAUGGCUUCCAUUGGUUCAGAUGUUGCCAGAGCUAUUAGUAAGGAAAUGCCAGUUGAGCUCCUACGUGCAAGUCUACCUCACACUGAUGACCGCCAGAAAAAACAAUUACUUGAUUUUGCUCAGCGUUCUAUACCUAUAGUUGGAUUUAAUAGUAAUUCGGGGGGUCAAGGUCACCAUGUGAACUCAGAGUCAGUCCUGAGUUAAUUAGAUAAUUGGACAUUCAUCUAAAGAACUGUUUUUCAAAUGACGGCAGUAAAUUUCUCAGGGACAACUAUUGUGUGUCUAAUCUCUUUGGAGCAGCCUGAUGUGGAAGGAUCAGGAGCAUGCAUCUACCUUAGAAGUUUUAGCCCCUUCAUAUCUUGUUAUAUUGCGGUAAUGCCAUGUAGCAUUGUGAUAAAUUGGCAGUCAGGCCCUCUGUGUAUUAUGAUAGACUUGGCUUGAUUUGUUCCUCUUGUCCUGUCUUUUUUUCUUUUGACAGGGGAGCUUAGUGUUGCUCAGUUUGUGGUUUCUAGAGCAAACUAGUGGGUAGUAUGUCCAAGGUUUAGGUGUUCAAGUUGGAUUCCCAUGUUCCUUUAUUAUUACCAUACAGGCAUGGGAUUGUGGUUGUGUUCAUACUCCAUAUCUACCUAUAUAGAUAUCACACGUCCAAAUUGAAGUAGCAUUGUGGGGUGCACCAAUUUAACCAGUCGGCAAGGUGGCAUUGGCAUGCCUAAGAAUAAAUUGUGUUAACCUUGUUUCUUGGUUUCAGUUUCCUCACCUUUUCCAUUGGUGUAGACGCCUAGUUUUGUGUCAUCAUUUCUUGUUUCUCAAGUCAAUUGGACUAUUAUUGGUCUAUCGUUGUUAUCCCCACAUCGGUAUGUCUUGAAUUUAAUGUUUUGCUUAUAUAUAUGAUUUUGGAAGUAUGUUUUUGCAUUUGCUACUACCAUAAGCAAUUUAUGGAAUUUUGGAAUAGUUAAAGUAAUGCAGAUGUUGGUUGAGAUGUUAUGGUUGAUUCUAGACUUUGUUGACUCUGUACUAGAAUGAAUUUGGUCUCUGAAUCAUGCUUUGUGCCA